GCAUGAACAAUCACAUGUACAAUUUACAAAUCUCUGAAAACAAGCUAGCUACUCUUUUAUUUACAUAGGAUGUGACUGUGGAUCGUUGUCAAAAUGAGUGAAACACCUUCAACUGCUUACUCAGUGAAUCAGCCAAACUCCUCUGAGAGUGAACAGAGCUUAUCCACACGCCACUUCAAUGUUACUGAACCUGUGGUGGCAAAACGGAUCUGCUUCUAUAAAAGUGGAGAUCCUCAGUUCAAUGGGAUCAAAAUGGUCAUUAAUAACCGGUCUUACAAAACAUUUGAUGCCUUGCUGGACAGUUUAUCCAAACGGGUCCCUUUACCUUUUGGAGUACGGAAUAUUAGUACACCAAAAGGGAGACACAGCAUUACCAAUUUGGAGGAUCUUGAAGAUGGAAAAUCUUAUAUUUGCUCCCAUCAGCGGAAAAUGAAGCCCAUCAACCUGGAACAGGCUAGCAAAAAGCCUCUGCCCUGGCAGAUCAGCAGGCCUGUCAGCGCUCGCCGCCGUGCUGUGCAGUUGGCAAGGGAGAAUGAAGGUGGAUACGGCCAUCGAGAAAUCAAAAUAACAACUCCCAAAAAGAUGCUUGUUUUCAAAAAUGGGGAUGUAAGGCUCAGGCGCACCAUAGUUCUGGGAAAGAAAAAUACACAAACCUUUGAGGCCUUUCUGGAUUAUAUGAGUGAGUUAAUGCAAUAUCCAGUUGCAAAACUAUAUACCACUGAUGGCAGAAAGGUUCCUAAUCUUCAGGCCCUAAUAUUGUGCUCUGGAGCUCUAGUCGCAGCGGGGAGAGAGCCUUUUAAACCAAACAGUUAUGAUUCUCUUGUGUAUUCACGGCCUGCUAAAUUGCUUGGAAUUGCAAAUCGUGUCUACCCAAAAGCAAAUGACAAGUCAGAAAGCGAAAAUACGAGAGCUGAAAUGGGCUCUAGCUCAAGAUCUCAGAUAUUCUCAUUUUCUUCCGAUAAAGUGUCCAGCAAUGAUAACAACUCAGAUUCUUCCUAUGUUCCUGAGGGUCAUAAUUGUAUACGAGGAAAUCGGUCAGUUACUGGUGAAGACUUAUCUGUGGCACAGUAUGAAGAUGACAUUGAGAAAUCUGUUCACCUUAAUCAAGAUGGCAGUAUCACAGUGGAGAUGAAAGUUAGAUUAAAAAUUAAAGAGGAAGAAACUAUUAAAUGGACAACCACCGUAAGUCGUGCUGGCCUUUCGGAUGACAAAAAUACCAUCAUCUGCAAUUCUGCAAUGCCUGUGGAGGACUGCUUAUCCAAUGUUAAUGGUUCUGAAUGCAUAAAACCAAAGGAUACUCCAUAUUUGAAGAGCUGCAGUAAAGAAGAGGGAGACUCAUUACAGCAAUUUAAUGCAGAAGGGUCAGACAAAGAAUCAGAGUCUGAUUUAAAAACUGCUGGUUGUAAUGUUCAUAAGAACAGUUCUGCAGACCUAGGUGUAAGCAAUGAACCUGAGGAUGACAUCAGGCCUCGUUUCUAUAGGCCUCCCACACCUGGGCCAAGGCGCGUUAGACAAAAGAAAGCAGUAGUUGAAAGUGUCACUUUGGUGUCUGAGGAAGAGGUUCAGGAGAAGACAAUAGGACAGUUUUCCUACAGUGAGGAAACAGAGAAUGGAGAAAAUAAAUCUGAAUAUUGCAUGGUAGCUCAUUCAAGCAGAAAAAAAUCAAAUGUAAUUAAUCCAAAGUUUAGUGAGAUGAGUGACAAUGAUUUAUUAAAACUUUCUUCGGAUAAUAUAAAAGAAGAAAUGCUUUUUAAAGUAAGCCACAAGAGCAGUGAUUUGAUAGAAGCCACAAAUAGGAAGACAGAAGUGCCUGGCGAGGGUGAAUUGGUACAGAAUAUAUUAGAGAAAUCAGUAGUAGAACAAGGUACUUAUAAUAGUUUAGUAUCAACCUGCAAAACUAACAUCAGUGGUUUCGUACCAUCAUCAAAAUUACACCAGGCAGCUAGGCCAGUUUCAGCAGAUCACAUCCAUGAGUUGUGUGAUAUUAAACAAAUAAAAAGAUCACUGAGUUCUUUCAUUAGAUAUUCAGAAUUAUGUCAGUCAAAAGAAGAAACAAUAUGUAAAGCUGCUGAUUUAUUACCAAUUUCUCAAGAUUCUGUGAAUUCAGCCUCUCUCAAACAUAGCCGGGUAAAGAUAAUGGUACCUCCAUGUAGAGAAGCUGUUACUGAGAAAAUAAAUCCAACAUCUGGAUUCUUUCCUACUGAUAUUGGUAGUGAGAAUCAAAGCAGUGUCAAGACUGGAUCUGUGACAACACCACAUCUCACUGAUGACAGAGAAUCUGCGUCUUCCCUCACCAAAAAGAAGAAGAGAAAAUCCUCUAACUUUCUAGAGCAAGUUACAUAUGAAAAUCAAAAAGAUAGAAACAUUUCUGGAAUACUUAAAAGUGAGGGAAUGCAUAUCACAAGCCAAACCACACAGGAUUAUGUAACAGAGGCUAUGGAUAAUUCUUCUGAUAUGCUUCAUAAAAAAGAAAAGGAUUUUUUUGUAAAAAGCAACGAGGGGUCUGUCAAUUCUGAAAAUAAGAUAUGUCCUGGAGAUGAGUUCUAUCAAGAGGAUUCAGGGGAAAAAAAUGGAUUAUCAUCUAAUAAAGAGACAAGUAAUAACAAGAAGUUGGCCAAAAAACAGAAAAAGCAAAAGGGGGUGAGGAAGAAUUUAAGUAAAGGUGCAAAUAAGUUAAAUAUGCCAGAGAGAGUCAUUACUUUAGAAGCUCUAAAACAGGAGGACUUUCAACCUCUUGUUGAGCAUUCACUUGAAAACUAUGUCCAAAGUUGGCUGAAAAACUUGUUACCAAAUUCUGUCUUACCCCCUAUAAAUAAACAAGAAGGUAACGUAGAGAAUAGCAGUAAUUUUCCUAAAGAAAAUACUGAUGUUUCUAUAGGUAAAGAAACAAGACUUAUUGCAAAUAAAGUGCAUGUGACUGAAAAAAACCAUCUGGUUGAAAAAAAUCUAACCAAAAAACUAUUAAAGCCUAUUUGUGAAGUAGGAACUUUGGAUAAAUCAGCUAAAGAUUCAGGUGAAAAACAAGCUGAUUCUUUGAUUCAUGCUCAUACAACUAUAGUAGAAGCAGCCAAGUAUUCACUAAAGUCAGAAUUGCAUCAUGAUGGUAAAGUGCACUUGUUUCAUGAAACCCAUGAAAAUGAUAAAAAGAUGUCAGAAGCUGAUAGUCAAGAUACCAAUCUGUAUCAAAGAAAAAAAUCUGAAGUUGCUGUUCAAGUUGAUUGUACAAUUGUCAAUGAGAAAAUGGGAAUUGAUGUUCAGAAUAACUGCAUGUCUAGCAUGUUACUGCAGGAACUACAAUCAACUUUGCUUGGUCUCCAGAAAGAACAUAAUGGAUGUAUAGGAAAAGCUUGCAGCCUUUCAGAUCUUUCUCCUUCAACUUUUGGUUCUUCCUCCAAUGUCCUCCUAGCUUGGCUACUUGUACUGAAUCUGAGAGAGAGUUUGAUUGGGACAAUUAAAGAUGACAUGCAAAAAAAUACCUGUAGCUGUUCUGAAAUAUUUACACAGUUACACUUGCUGAAACAAACUACAGUCAUAGAAAAAGUUGAUGAACUGAAGGCUGCCUUCUCACAUUUUCAACAACCAACAGAAAAUAACUUAGUACACUUUGGGAAGGAACUCAAAAAACAGGACUCCACAUAUUGCCAUGAGAAUGCAUCCAUAUCUGAGAUUCAUAAUGGUAUACACUUGCAUGAAAAUGAAAAAUCAGUUGAGCCUUGUAUUCCAAAGAACUGUGUAAAUUCUGAAGAAGCUCUAAAAUUGACUGGUGAAAUAGAAAGCUGUUUUAAUAUGCAGGAAGAUAUUUGUAGUGUAACAGAGACUUUAGACUUGAGUGCUCCCAGCCCACAGCUUGAUGAUCAAUAUGCCAACACUAAUUCAAAUACCUGUAGCCUUGCAGCAGCUAUAUUGUCACCUGAAAGAAAUGAAGAAAUGCCUGAUGGUGUAUAUGAGAAAUCUCAAGAUAAGGACACUGAUACAUCAUUCACUAAUGAAGAGACAGAAACUUCAGUAGAACCUAACUCGACAGUUCAUAGUGUAACUUCUAAUGACAAAAAUAUUUUAGAUCAGGAUACUUCUGAGGUAGAAGGUGAAAAAUAUGUUCUACGUGUUUCUACUGAUAAAAGUGAAGAUGAGAAACUUGAUCCAAAGUCAGCAGGUAACGACAAAAACUCAAAUAACCAACUUAAACUAGCUGCUGAAACCUCCGUAGAAUACAAUAAUGAGGAUUAUUCUGUACAGGAAGACAAGGAAGGUGAAGACACUUGUGAGGAAACUUCUGAGAGGUUAUCUACAACCUCUCCAUUAUCAUUUUGCUACGAAUCAAAGCAAAUGACAGAAUGUGAUACGAGUGAAGAGGAACAGAAAUUUCAAGUAGAACUACAGAAUAAAAUGUGUUCGGACACUUCUCAAUUAAAAAAAUGUUUAAAAAGUCCUGCUACUUCAGACUUGUCAGAUUACAGACCAGAUACUGAAGAAAGUGCUUAUGAUGUUAGAGCAUCCAGUGAUUUGACCAAUGAAAGUGCUGAUGAGGCAGCCCUUGAAAAACAUUAUAAUACUGGCUAUGUAAAAAGAACUAUUGAACGACUUUAUGGCAAGACGGAAGCUUCAUUUAAGCCUGACUUUCACAAUGGAUUCCCUUAUUUGUCCAAAGUACUUCAAAAGGACACUGAGGAAUUCCACUCUGCGGUGGUAGAAAAAAACGUUCAUUUUUUUCAGGAAGCUUGUUCUGUAGAUAAAUUGUCCCAUUCUUCACUACCAUCACAAGAGUUUUCAAUAAACAUAGACAAAGGCAACACUAUAUUGAGAGAAGAAAAUACUUCUUUACCAACACCACAACCUACUCCUAGCAGAGAAGAGACAAGUUAUACUAAUGGCUGUUCAGGGGAAUCUUCUAAGCAACACCGUCAACUUAGUGUUCGAGAUAAUGAAGAUGAAGGAAUAUUGAUAGAUAAAGGCAAAUGGCUUCUCAAAGAAAAUCAUUUGAUAAGAAGAUCACCACCUGAACAGUUUGGCAUGUAUGGUAAUUUGGACACAACAUCAACAGACACAGUCCUUGAUACAAACAGUGAUGAUGUUCCAUACUCACAUUUUGGCAAUUUGAAUCAGUACCCAGACCUCAAGGAAAUCUCUUCUUCUGAACUUGAGGACAUGGCUAAACCUUCUGAAAAUUUUUGCAACUACUUCAAUAUACCUCAUAAUAGUGAUUCAGACCCCUUUCAGGAUGACUUCAGUACAAAAAGCAAACCUAGCUGCAAUGGUAAGAUCACUUCCCUUCCUGCAGCAAACAAAGAAAAGAUCAAACCAUCCAUCAUGGUAGGUUCUACUUCAACACAGGCUGACAGCAAUUUUCCAUCUUUUACAACUGUAGAAUUUAGAUUGCCUGAUAACAAGGUGCAUCCAUUGGAACCACCUUUAAAUGAUGAGCCCAUACAGACUCAGCCUCAGCCAAAUGAUGUUAGUAAUGCUAACAGAAAUGCUCUUCAGGAGGAAGAUUCUUUGGAUAAACUCCAUGCUAUAUGCGGCCAACACUGUCCAAUUCUGAUGGUGACAGUAACACCAAUUAAUGAGGAACAGAGAGGAUAUGCCUACCAAAAGCCAUCUGAUAUUGAGAACCAGCUGGGUCCAUGUUUACUGGCAAAAAAGAGUGAAUAUUUAAAAUGGUCAGAGGAAGAUUUGGUAACAGACAAAAAUAAUCAUGUGACUCUGAAGAAUAAUUGUAUUAAUAAGAUUGCAAAUAAUAUUUUUAAUAGGUUUUAUGCUAAUAACACCUUAGAUUUUAUUAACAAUUUUGGAAUACUUGUAUCUUCAACUCUGAAAGACGCAAGCAAUUUAAGAAAGUUACAUGUUCUAGAGUAUAUGAAUGUUAAACAUGUAAAAGUCUGUAACUGUCAAAAUAAUAUGUUCAAACACAUACCAAGUGAUCUUGUAAUAGGCAAUAAUAGUGAGCUUCCCAAUAGAAAGCCAAAAAUAUGCCAAACUCUAAGAAUAAGCCUAGUUCAUAUUGUUGGAGCAAAAUUUUCUCCCAUAUUGGCAGAUCCAGCAGAAGCCUGUCAUUCUGAAACAUUUCUGAAGUGUGACACUUCUUUAAAUAACACUGAAAGUAAUGCCUCUGAAAACCUGAAAAAUGAAAAUGCCUUUCCUACCGAAGAUGAAGAUGUCUGCUUUCGUACUGUGGACAAUGAAAACAGUAAAGAUGAGAAAGACUUUGUUUUAGCCAGUGCAAACAAGAUCAAAGGUACUAUGAUGGAGAGAAAAGUUAGUAAUACAGCUAGGAAAUGGAAGGUGUCAGUCCUCACCAGUGAUAUGCCAGCUGCAGGAACAAGCUCAAAGGUUUAUAUUACAUUGUAUGGGGAUCGCAGCAGUUCAGGGCCUAUUUUUCUUGAUGGAGAGGAAGGAAAAUUAUUUCAGAGAGGCAAUGAAGACAUUUUCACAGUGCAGUUGCUGAACCUUUUCUCAGGGGAACAGUUUUCUUUCCCUGCUCAUCGAUGGCUGGCCUGGGACCAGGCUGAUGGGGAGAUAUCUAUGGAGCUUCCUGUUUUACAUCAGGGUCAGCCGAUUCUUCCAGUGACUGUCUAUGAAGUGCAUGUGACAACAGGAGAACUGUGGAAUGCUGGAACUGAGGCUGAUGUCUAUAUUUCUGUCUAUGGAGAAAGAGGUGAUACAGGAUCAAGACAGCUGCUCAGGUCACAGAAGCUCAAGAAAUUUUUAAAAGGACAAACUGACAUCUUUGCUGUUGAAGCUGUGCACCUUGGACAUUUGUACAAGACUGUUAUAGGACACAAUGGUCUUGGAUCAGGAAAUGGCUGGUUUCUGGACAAAGUCGUAAUCAAGGAUCCUGUUACAGAUUUGGAUUAUACUUUUCUUUGUUACAGGUGGUUGGACCAGGGGCAGGAUGAUGGCAAUAUUGCUAGAGAACUGACUGUGACAGAUGCCAGCAUUUUUCCAGGAAGUCUUUUUGAUGUAAAUGUCAAAGGGAGAAAUAUAUGUAUCUUCAGCAGUCAUGAGAUGCCAUGUCUUGCUCUUGCUCUUGUUAAUGGCCAUGUAAUUGGAAAGAGCAAAGACAAGACUUGCUGUGAGCUCUGCAUUCACCUUCAACCAAAUGGUUGUGCCAUUCUUGAGUCAGCCAGGAAUCCAGGUCACACUGUUAUGUUCAAUCUUCAAGGCAAAGUAGCUGAUGAAACGACGGGAUAUGCUGGACUUUCCAAAGAAUUUGUUGUGCAUGUCAAGGGCACAGGUGAUGAAUACUGUCACUUUAAAAUUGAGAAGAAUUUGGAAACUGGAUCUGUAAGUCUAGAAUCAGUGCAAAAUGAAGGCAUAUAUGUUGGUCUCCUGCCAGAUGGCCAGACUAAGCCUGUCACUAACACUGGAGAGAGAAACAUUUUUUUCUACCCGCAGGUCAUAAAAUUUGGCCGAGAAGAGCCUAUGGGAACAUCUGCAUCACCCAGUCGAGAGAAGAAAGACUUUAGAGAACCACAGCUCCAACCAGCAAAAGCCCAGAAGCCAGUAUCUCAAAACCUUUCAAGUUUUCCUCACUCAGAGGAAAUGAGAAAUCCCCAAGGUGGUGAGCAUCCCUUUCCUUCAAAUGAUGAAUGGAAAGUGUCAGUGCUGACAGGAAAUGCAGGAACUGAAGCAAAUGUCAUUCUCUGGAUAUAUGGAGACAGAGGAGUAGCUGGAACAAUAACUCUUGGCAAGGACAACAGAAAGCAGCUGUUUCUUCCCAGCCAGGAGGAUGAAUUUCAGAAAAGCACAAAGAGACAGUUGAAAUCUGGUAUAGGAGCUAAGGUUAAAAUAAAAAGCAUGGGGUAUAUCUACAAGAUAAGAAUUGAACUUGAUGAAUUACUGAAUGAACAAUCAGAGGGGAACUUACAAAGGUUAUUUUCAAAGUUCUUCUAUACCAUGUUCAUGUCUACACUGGUGAUGUGGAACAAGCUGAUACAGAUUCUGCAGUUUAUCUGUGUUAUCUAUGGAAAAAGAGGAGAUUCCAGUCUAAGACUUCUGCACAAAUCUGGUAUACCUGUGGUAUUUCAGAGCGGGAUGGUCGAUGUGUUUGGAAUGGAAGCUGUCUCUCUUGGAAAACUGCAGAAGGUGCUGUUGCACUGUGAGGCUAAUGCCAAGUCCCAGUAUUGGUUCUGUGAUAAAGUCAUUGUCAGAGAAGCUGAGGACAACUCGGAAUUUGUUUUCAAUUGUGAAAGAAAGGAGACUGCAAGAUUACUGUUGUCACUGGGGAUUUUGAAGCAGCUGGCACAACAGCAACAGUAUCCCUUUAUGGCUUAUGGAGAAAAGAAAGCUUUCGGCCCUGUUAUUUUGGGAUCUGGGAAACACCAGCUGUUUAAUCCCAGCAGUGAAGAUACUUUUAAGAAAAGAGAAACAAACUGGCGCAAGUAUCUUUAUGAAUAUUUAACUGUAAAUGCAUAUUCUGUACCACUGUGUAUGGGAACUCUGCAGGAGAAACUAAGAGAAGACAAGGAGCUAGUGAAAGAAUUCCCUGCAGUCAAUGAGGACUGGAAAACUUUACCAGUCUAUAAGUAUGUUGUCUCUGUACAUAUUGGUGACUGUUGGGGAGCAGAAACUUUUGCAAAUGUUUAUAUCACUUUCUAUGGCAAAAGAGGGAACACAGGUGUGAGGAAACUUCAUACAUCUUUAGCAAAAGCAAAAUUUCCAAGGAAUAAGGUGCAUUCAUUUUUAGUGCAAGCUCUUUCUCUGAGCCAUUUUCAAAAAGUGGUCAUAGGACAUGAUGGAGAAGGCUGUGGGGCUGGGAUGUACAUGGAGAUGGUAACAGUCAAGGAGGAACAAGACUCAGACAAAGAAUGGGUCUUCCCAUUCUGGAACUGGCUUGAUACUCAUCUGGGACUAUGUGAGACUGUUUGUGAGAUUGUGACAGUUGGUAAAAGAUUGACUUCGAGUCCUAAACUGCCUGAAAUCAACAUGAAGUCAUCAGGUCUCUGGAUAAUGGACAUCACUGGAUCUGACUUGAGCAAUGAAGAGGAUCCAAUAUGCCUUUCUUUUAUCUUCUACGGCAACCUGAGUCACAAAAAGUCACCCCUUCAGGUUACAGGAAAAGCAAUUCAGAUCAAAGAUGAACUGACAGACGUUGGCUCAAUAUACAAAGUUCAAGUAACUGUCCCACAUAGCAAGCUAAAAAAUCCAUGGCACUUAGAUUUACUACAUAUGAAGCACACAGGCACAAAGGAAGAGAUGCAUUUAGCUUUUGACUGCUGGUUCAACCCUAAUGAUGAUAAAUGUGUGGAAUUGCCAGCUUUCUAUGCAGAUCAGGAACCUUUGCCUGGAAGUGGCUGGUUUCUGGAAAAAGUAGAAAUUACAGAUGCAUCUGGGAAUUCAGUGUACUGCUUCAACUGCAACAGGUGGCUUGCUGAGGAUGAAAGCGAUGGUCGCACCGUAGUGCAACUUUAUCCACAGCUGCUUGAUUUCUGA